ACCUAAAUCUGAAAAUGAAGGACUCCAAAACCACCGAUAAGCUCACCGAGUUUUUGAAAUCCGGGAUUUACCGGUUCGAAGAUUCCAACGCCGUUUUCAUCGACCCGAUCCGAGUGCUCAACCGCUCCUACUCCCGGUUUAGGGUUUCACCUUCCGCUUACUACUGUCGCCGAUUCGAAUCCACGUGUCCGCCGGAGCCUACCGUCGCUUCAAGUUCCAGAAAGCGGAAGCGGAAGGAGAAGAAGAAGCCUCAGGCUCUCAACGACAGAGAACAAGUCGCCGAUCGACGCCACCAGGAAGUGAGAGCUUUGUUAGUGAAGGCACAUGAAUCUUUGAUGAGAUCAAGUGAGGUGUUAGAGGUUAUGAGCAAUUUGAGAGGUUCUGAAACUUGGUCUCCAGGUGUUGAACAGUCGUUUGUUGAACUCGCAUUGGUUUGGCAGGCUCCUCUUUACGAGAUUAGUCUGAAUUACAAAGCAGGGGAAGAUGGAGGCUCGCAUGCCACGCAAGACUGUGAGCAAUGUGUUCUCCCUGUGUUUAACAACUUGGUCGUAAAUGAGAGCAGUAAUGAUGUGGAGGCUGAAGUUUUGAAGAGUCGAUAUAUUUUGCCGCCAAAGAGUUCCUUCUACAUGUCAGAUAUGGGGCAGAUUCGCAAUCUAAUUCCUGCUGAGUCUGAUUGUGGCUUCAGUGUUAUAGUUGUUGAUCCACCUUGGGAAAAUGGCAGUGCUCGACAAAAGUUGAGGUACAAAACUUUGCCCAACCAUUAUUUCUUAUCCAUUCCGAUCAAGCAACUUAGUCACACAGAUGGAGCACUUGUUGCAUUAUGGGUAACAAAUAGAGAGAAGUUGCGUGAUUUUGUUGAGAAAGAGCUGUUUCCUGCUUGGGGAGUCACACAUGUUGCUACUUUUUUCUGGUUGAAGGUGAAAGCUGAUGGUUCCUUGAUUUGUGAUUUAGACCUAUUCCAUCAUAGGCCAUAUGAGUGCCUUCUUGUGGGCAUCUAUCAUGGGAAGGUUAUGAACUUUGAACAGUUAUUGGGAUCAGAUCAUAUACCAGAUAAUCAAAUUAUAUUAAGUGUACCGGGGGAUUACUCAAGGAAGCCCCCAAUUGGAGGAUUGUUACAGGAGUUUGCUCCCAGGCUCAAAGGUGGUCGAUGCAUUGAACUAUUUGCUAGAGAAAUGACAUCCGGAUGGGUUUCUUGGGGAAACGAACCCCUUCAUUUUCAGGAAUCCAGGAAUUUUGUAAUCGAAUAGAGCUGCUAAUAAUUUUGUGUGUGUGUGUGUGGAAAGGAUCAGUGCUACU